AUGGGUGAUUAUGUAGUUCAAAAUCACAAUGUCGAGCUUGGAGUGCCAAAUGAGGAGUUCACGAUAACAAACAUAGAUGUAGACCCUCUUCCAUUUGGAGUGAUUCCAACCAACGAGCAAAUAGCGGCUGAGGAUCACAGGAGGAGAACGUUGAUCGAUAGAGUUCCGAAUAUGAAUAAUUUGGAUGCCGCACAACGCGAAUUGAGGUACCAUGAUGUCCUCACAAGAGUUAAUGGGGUGGCUCAACUCCCCCAGGGUUUGAUGCAUCUAUUUGAGGAUAUCUUGCAGACCACACAAAAUAUGGAGCAGACCCAAUUGGAGACGCUUGAGUCACUUCAAGACCAUCAAGGUCGACUUCAGAACCAUCAACAUCGACUUGAGGACCAUCUAGCUAUGCUUCAGGACCAUCAUGCUCUAAUUCAGGGCGCGUUUGAGGCUAUCCAUCGGGCCAAUCAAAGAAUAACAACAUUACUCGAAGUAAUGACGGCGAGGUCUCGAAAUAAACAAUUUCGGAGACGACAGAUGAAUGUACACUUGGCCAUCUUGCCAAAAGUGUAUGCCGGCCAUCCAUUUCCGGUCCCGGAACCCGUCCAAGGAGUUAAUAUUGAUAUGGGGGGCUAUCUAGUGGGUGAUAUGCCCCCUAAUGGCUUGAUGCCUCUUACCAAUAACGAAUUUGCAACAAUGCUGAAGCAAGACUUGCCCAUUUUGAGGAGAAGAUUGAGAGCUAUAUAUUGGUUCUAUAACGAUGCCGAUCUGGAGAUCCCCCCCGAUGCCACGGAAGAAAGGUGCAACGAGGGCGUGGAAUGUGUUAGGAUGUUUAUCUGUCCUUGA